GUAGGGCUUCGCCGGAUGUGAGUCACUCCGACUUCCGCCCGCCGGGGAAGCUGCCGGAAGGUGUGGGUCUUCGUCUGAGGGACGCCAACUCAGGCUACUGGAAACCCAGGACUGGUUGGGUGUUAAGGUGCCUGCCUCCAGUGCCCUCUUGCCUGCUGCCCCUGAGCACAGUCAUCAUGCCUCGUGGUCAGGAGAGUAAGCGUCGUGCCCGUCAGAAACGCUGCCAGGCUCGAGGUGAAGACCGAUGUCUCAGGGGUGCUCAAGCCACCGCAGCAGAGGAGGAAAGGCUGCCAUCCUCCCCCUUUCCUGCAUGCCAGAGUGCUUCCCAGAGCUCCCCCGCUGCAGGCAUUCCUCGGGAGUCCCAGAAAGCUAGAUACCCCAGCUCUUCAGCUACAGCUGUUUCACUCGUAAGUUCUGAUGAAGGUGCCAAGGGCCAAAAGGGGGAAAGUCCCAACUCCUCCCAAGGCCCGUCCUUCUCUGAGAGCUCAGGAGAUCUUCUGAAUGUGAAGACGGGCCAACUGGUGCAGUUCCUGCUCAACAAGUAUUUAAGUAAAGAGCCCAUUACGAGGGAAGCCAUGCUGAAGGUUAUCAACAGAAAGUACAAGCAGUACUUCCCUGAGAUCCUUCGGAGAAGUGCAGAGAACAUAGAGAUGGUCUUUGGCCUUGAAUUGAAGGAAAUGGACUCAAGACGUCAGUUCUAUAUGCUUAUCAGCAAGCUGGACUUUCCCAGUCAAGAGAGUCUGAGUGAUGGCAGGGACUUUCCCAAGAGCGGGCUCUUGAUGGUUCUCCUGACCAUGAUCUUCAUGCAUGGCAACCGUGCCACUGAGGAAGAGAUGUGGGAAUGCCUGGGUGCAUUGGGGAUGCAUAAAGGCAGGAAGGACUACAUCUUUGGGGAGCCCCAGGAGCUUGUCACCAAAGAUUUGGUGCGAGAGGGGUACCUCGAGUACCGGCAGGUGCCCGGCAGUGAUCCUCCACGCUGCGAGUUCCUGUGGGGUCCUAGGGCCCACGCUGAAACCAGCAAAAUGAAAGUUCUGGAGUUUGUGGCCAAGCUCAAUGAUACCGUUGCCAGUACCUACCAGUCCCAGUAUGAGGAGGCUCUGAGAGAUGAGGAAGAGCAAGCCAGAGCCAGAGCUGCAGCCAGAGCGGCAGCCAGAGCUGCAGCCAGGGCCAGAUCUAGCAGGUCCUCCCAGCCCUAGGGAAGUCUCAGGCAGUCUUCACUAAGAGACUGAAAAGGGCUGUCCACCAUCUCAGUAUUUGAGGGCGAGAUGGGGCUAGAGAGAGCCCAAGGCAUGUGUCUUUCUUGUGUUCUGGUUAUUUGCAAGCUACUUAUAGAUUCCUCUUUCUCUUCUGUGUCUACCGUAUGUUCCUUUGAAAGAGAUUGACUUUGAUUCAAAAUCUAAGUUCAUGAAUUAGGUGCCUCAUACAAUGGUUGCUAUUUAUCACAUUAAAGAGUGAUGCUCUUACAUUUGGUAAAACAAAUUGGAAAUUUUUACUUAGUAGAUUGUGAUCUAGUGCCAGAAGAAAUAGCAUUGGAAUAAGGAUUGGCUUUAAACUGUGAAAAAAACUGAAUACUGAAUCAGUUGGGAUCACAAAAUGGUGGGGAAAAAAUGUCAAUUGAUUGGCAACCUUUGACAUUUUAAAAUCUUAUUUCUUUAAGUCUUUUGUUGUGAUCAAAUGAAAAGCUAUAUACUCACAGUUGCUAUGUGUAUUCAAGAAUAUUGGAGAAAUUAAAUCCUCAUAAAGGAGAACACUUGUUCACUGGCUCUUUUGUUCCUUAUACUAGGCUGUUCUUGUGUUGCUCUAAAGGCAUACCUGAGAUGGGGUAAUUUCUAAAGAAAAGAAGUUGCCUUGGCUCACGGUUCACCAGGCUGUGCAGGCAUGGCACCAUCAACUGCUUCUGGGGAGGCCUUGGGGAGCUUUUCCUCAUGCCAGGAGGGGAAGAGGGUGCAGACAUGUCACGUGGCAACAGUGGGAGGAAGAGAGCCAAGAAGAGCGGGGGUGGGAGGGUGCCACAUGUUUUCAAAUGACCAGAUCUUGUGAGAAGUCACUCACUAUGGCCAGGCAGCAUGAGGGACCCUCCUUGAUGGUCCAAAUACCUCCCACCAGGGCCCACCUCCAACACUGGGCAUUACAUCUCAACAUGACAUUUGGAGGGGACAAACAUCCAAGUUAUGUCAUUCACCAAACAUGAAUUGAACAUCUGCUCUUUGACAGUCUUCAUGCUAGUUCUGGGUAAGCCCCAGCCCCUGCCAAUGAUAUUUCAGAAUCCAAGAGCAGCUCUCCUAUUAGGAAUACCGUGGAGUGGAGGGUGGGGCAGGGGAAAUACACUGGA